AUGCAGGUGUGGCUAAGAAGGAAAAUAGACGAGGUUGGUAGGAGUGAUUCGUCAGUACUACUCACCGAACAAGCUAAAAUAGUAUUGCGUGUGCGGCAUCCGCAGAUUGCCGCAUUUCUGGGCUUCAUCAUGAAUCCCGUUAUCACAUUUGUGUAUGAAUCGUUCCAGAACGGACCGUUGAGCACAUUCCUGUUUGACCUGUCUCACCCGCUCACAAUGCGGUGCAGGUUCGAAAUGGCGCUGGAUAUAGCUACCGGGAUGCAUUAUCUGCACAACUGCCAGCCGCACGUUGUGCACUUGAACAUCACGCGUCACUCUGUGUUUGUAACACGGAAGUAUGAGGCAAAGCUGGGUGACUUUACCACCGCCGUAUCGAUGGGUAGUCAGAGCGACGAAAAACGAUACAAGCAAGAGUGCCUGGCAGAUAUCCAAGCGCUGGGCAAACUGCUAUUCGAAUUGAUAGCCCGAGAGGAAUGGAAUGUAGUGAGGUUCAAAGCACUCGUAGAGCAAUGUACUGCUCUCGACCGACCCUCCGAAGUAGUGGAAGAUACAGCUCCACCGCCUCCGCUCAGCACACCACCUGACUCUGCAGGUAAAUCCGCAUUAGUGAGACGAAGUAUUAACGCCGAUGGCGACCAUGCCGACUGUAAAGCACGCGGCCCUACGGUAAACCACCCAGAGAAGGGUGAAGCUUGUACUGAGCAAGUGGAGGGUAUUAGUAGUAUUCAGCGGGAACGACUACCACCGACAGAAGUGGACGCCCUGAUGCGCGAGCCGUCAUGUGCCACGCGCGAGGCCGUUAGAAUGGCUGUGCAGCUGAUUGAGGCGUGUGUGUUUGCGAGCGAUACGGUGGACUCCGAACCCAUCAAGAGCGCACGAGUGGUCAACCGGUUAGAGAAGAUAAUCAUGUCCUUAGGUGAUACGUAGCAGGGGCUAUAAAGUGAUUAAAAUUCAACUAUUAGC